CUACAGUCAAUGCGGUUUCUAAGUUCUAAGCAAUUACAUAUAAUUUUCUUUUUGUAAAGUAGUUUAUCUAGGGGUUUGGGCUUCGGGGACGUCGCAAGCCCUCGGAACAGCAGCAUCGCGGACAACGACUUGCCCUUCCGCUUGACAUAAACCGACUAUGAAGAAAGCUAAGGAGGUUGAUCCUCAGAAAGCAGAGGAGGCCGCAGCAGCCCGACGACGAGCCAAGAAUGCCAGGAAGGCCGCCAAGCGCUCGGCCAAACGCGCAGAGCGCCGCGAAUUUGAACGGGUGCAGCAGGAGGAGCAGGAGGAGGCCGCACGCGCCUAUCGCGCGUACGUCGCAGCUGCUGAGGCGAGGUUCAAUGAGGCCAAGGCGGCCGACAACCCCAGCAGCAGGUCCAAUCAGCUGCGUGACAGCGCCAACAAGCUCUACCGCAACCUCGAGGGGGUGGCGCCCGUGCUGCUGCAGUCGCAGCUCAGCAGGACUGAGGGCCUCUACCGUGACGCGCUGUCCACCGCCAGCACCCCCCUGGAGCGCUGUGCCGCCGCCAAGAACCUGGCGGUGCUCUCCCGCCGCACCCUCACACUCACCCGCGCGGACGGACCCACCGCGCUGCAGCUGCAGGCUGACGCGCUGGGCCACUACGCCAGGGCGCUCAUCUGGGGCAGCGAGUGCCAGACCAUUGCCUGGAUGGACGACCUCUUCUCCGCCGCCAGCCAGCUGGUGGACUCGGUGCUGAGCUGGAAGACGUCCGAGCUGGUCCGCGAGCGCCCCUUCCUGGCGGCCAAGUGGCCCGACCAGGGGGCCGUGCUGCACAAGCUCUACUCCUGCCUGCCCCUGGCCUCCUCCUCCUCCGAGCGCUCCGGCCACCUGGCGGGCCUGAAGGCCUCCCUGGCGCUCACCCUGGCCAAGCACCUGUACGGCGAGGCGCUGCGGAUUCAGGAGGUGGGGCGCGCGGAGCAGGACUGGAGGCGCGCCCUGGAUCUGGUGCUGCGUGUUCAGCCGCUGUUCGCCGCUGCGGCCCACAACGCGAGGAGGGCGGGGGAUUCCGACAUGGAGGAGGAGGCCGAGUCCCUGGUAGAGGCUGCUGACAUCGGUGAAGCCAUCUGCCGCAGUGUGCAGGCCCGCCACGCCGCCGACGCGCUGCUGAAGCGGGUGCUGCAGGACAGUGAGAGUCUGGACAUGGAGGGCAUCCGGCUGGUGGCGGACAUGUACCAGGAGGCCGUUGCCCUGGCUCGCGGCUGCGACCUGGAGUGCGAGGCGCGCGCGCACCGCUCGCUGGGUCACCUGUACAGCACCGUACUGCGCAUGCGGGAGCGGGGGCUGAAGCACUACAAGCACGUGCUGGACCUGGGGGUGGCCAUGAUGCCGCGGGUGGUGAACGACACGGACUGGUACCAGGAGGCGCGCCGGGCGGUGCUGCAGGCGCAGCAGGAGCAGGCGGCGGCGGAGGAGCGGCAGGCGGCCGCCAGCCGGGCGCCCUUCCUGGAGCAGCUCAAGGAGGAGCUGGCGGCGGUGAGCAAGGCGGCGGUGAAGGGCUCCCACGAGCUGCUGCGCCACAUCUACCGCGUCCACCCGCCCGGGGGCGGCAGCGAGCCCGUCAGCCUGCCGCCCGAGUCGCUGCUGGGGGACAAGAUCAAGGACACGCUGCGGCGGGCCAUCAUCGCCUACCACCCGGACAAACAGGUCACCAAGCCCCGGCGCUGGCAGGUGCUGGCGGAGGAGAUCACCAAGGAGCUCACCCUCAAGUACGAAUGCAUGAAGGGUUGAGGAGGAGGAGGAGGAGGAGGAGGAGGAGGACGAGGGGGCGGCGGAAUGGAUACGGGGCCGGGGCUGGGG